AUCAAAAGGAGUAGAAGAGAUUAUGGAAAGGAACCAUUACGAGCACUAUGUGGUUAUCCUAAUCAUGUCAUGAAAACACGUUCAUCAAGGGAGAGGAAACCAAGUAAAUUCAAGGUCUCCCCGUUUGUACACAAAUUAAGGAAGAUGGUAAAACGUGAAGCAUCAGAGUUAAUCCCCAUGUCCAUUCGUGAAGACGUGGUGGAUACUCAAUCAUUCAAUGUACUUCAAUCUCUUGUCGCUGAUUAUGUUUUCAAUAGAGCAUUGUCAAAAAGUGAGCUUCUUGUUGACUUUGGUCAUGAACAUGGAGUUCGUGGAGAUUUUCAGUGCUUACGUCCUAGACAAAAUUUGAUGGAUGUUGUAAGUACCUACUUCAUUUAUAUCAAAUGCGUGCUAUAUUAGUUAAAUAAAUUUAUUGAAGUUAUUGUUCAACAACAGGUAAUAAA